AUGGAGACGAUGAAGGGCAGGAUGAACCGAGGUUUGCGCGUGUGGCCGUCCUCAAUCCCGGACAACGGCCAAGGUGCAUGUUUUCACGAUCUCCCCUCACACCAAGUCACCGUGGACAAAAGGACAAUGCGCACGUCCAAAUCUUGGUGUUGUUGUUUUUGCCUAGAUUCUCAGCUGUUGUGUGAGGUGACAAGGCGCCUGUGGUGUGCCGGAGUCGUUUUGCGCGCCAGCCCGCAACAUCCAAUCACUGGAGAAGAUUGCAAGAUGGCAUUCCCCGCGGCCCUGCAGAGCUGCCGACAAAGAAGAUCCAGCUGCUGA